AUGAUUAGAACAGUUUCAUCACGAAAUGAAGGUCCAGUAACAACAUUUAUUUUAAAAUUCACAAAUAAAUAUGAUCCUGGAGAACGUACAAUAUAUGUACUUGUAUUUACUGGAUGGGAAGAAGUAUCAAAACGACCGGUUAUUACUGAACUUCUCAGUCUUGUUCGAGCAACAUGGGCAAUUGAACAAAGUAAUGUACUUGAUAAGAAAAAUCCAACAUUGGUACAUGGUGUUAGUGGAACAAGAAGAACUGGAACAUAUGUACUCCUUUCGAUACUUUGUAAACAAGUAAUUAAUUAUUGCAAUUCAUUAAGUAAUUAG